GGGCGUGGGGUGGAGAUGGGCCCAUUUGGGGUCGGCGUGGAAUGGAGGGGCCCUGCAUUCACUUGGUUCCCUUUGCGCUGCAUUGUAGGGCUCCGUUACCCUGGGAUUGGCGUCCUGCCCGGUGUGCCCACGGGGACGGGAGUCAAGGCAAAAGGCCCAGGAGGAGCAGGAGGCCUUGCGGGAAUUCCUGGCUUCGGAGGAUUUGGGGGCCAGCAGCCCGGCGUCCCUCUGGGGUACCCUAUCAAAGCCCCCAAGCUCCCAGGGGGCUAUGGGCUGCCCUAUAGCACGGGGAAGCUGCCAUACGGUGAGUGCUCUUCAUUCUCAGCCCUCCCCGGGUGGGGACCCCCGUCACAGUGGCUCAGGGGCUUCUCCCUGGGGCCUGCUCCCAGCUUCCCCGCCCUCUGCUAG